AUGAGGGGCACCUCAGCAGAAUCAGUAGCAAACAGUCCGUUUGCUUGCUUCAAGGAGCUUCUUUUCUGUUCACUAUGUGCUGUCGCCUUGGAAGUCAUGCCAAAAGAGGAAGUGUUUCAACACAUGCAGUCGGUUUUCUGCUGUGACGCAAAACCAAAGGCUCUUAGAGGACGUAUUCGUGGUGCAAAAUGGGCAAACCGGGCCAUUUAUCUUUUAUCGAGCACUGUCUGGGGCUCUUGCAGCUGGGACAUCAUCUAUAUUGGUAUGAAACGUAUUCCAGGUUUUUCUAGACAAGCUAACUUCUGGGAUCGGCAGCUAGUAAUCGAGUCAACUUUUAUAGCGAGUUCAAUGACUAUACGAUUAACCCCGAUGAGUUGA